UUCUCUACAUCCAAUGAUUUUCUUCAUUCUCCAAAGUUAUGGCCCUCUCAAGGAGUACCAGUCAGUGAUGAGUUAUUUUUUAGUAGAAAAAGACCUUCAAGGAGUUUAUUUCAGAAUAGUAUAGAUUUUAACUCUGAGCAUUCUUCUGUUUGUGCUGGUGCUAUGGGCUCUCGUCAGCCGCAAAUUUCAGGGAAAUGUGGAACACUUGGAUACAUACAGACACGUGGGAAGAGUGGUAGUGUGGACUCUGAUUUACAAUUUUUAGGAUUAAAUAACUGUCAGCAAGACAAAGUUUGUGCCAGUCUAAAUUUUUCCAGCAAGACCCAGAGGAGUUUUUGCAAUCAAGCGGAGCAUGCGGUGCCCUUCCAAGGUCCCAGUACAAGCCAGGGCACCUUCAUUCUGCCCUCCUACCCUCUGACAUCACCCAGGAACAGCCCAAAGCACAUCUCCUCUCCAGCUGACUCCCCAAAGAAGUCACAAGAUAAUACCAUGAACUUUUCAAACUCCUGGCCUCUUAAAAGCUUUGAAGGACUGCCUAAGCCUAGCUUACAGAAGCAGCUUCUCGGCCAAAAGUCGGGAGACAAUACAGGUAGGAAUGUUGUCAAUAUAAUGAAAAUGGAUUUCAAUAUGUUUUUUAACACUCGCCUCAUUGUAAAUGAAGUUUUCUGGUGUGACAUAGAAAUGAGACAUGAAGUUUAUUCUGGGGAGAGUUUACAGGAGAAACAUUCUGCUCUGCAGCUGAAACCCACCCUGGUGAGACACCCAGCCUCCUGCAGGGGCCUGAACGGGACCAGACCAGUGCCCCCCAUACCCCGCCUUGCUAGCCCGCUGCCCGAUAAGAUGGAAUUAAAUGUGACGAAGUGGAGAAACGAAAAGUGCGAGGACAUGUGGCUGAAUGAAGUGGAUAGGAAGCUUGCAGCUGAUCUUUCAGAGCUAAAUGUUGAUGUCGAGGAAGUGGACCAAGAAGAGAUGCAGAAUUCACUUAGAUCUCUACGAAACAGCGCAGCUAAGAAAAGGGCAAAGCUAAGCAGCAACAUUUCAGAUCUUGAAAGUCCCGAUUCUGCUCUUAAACUUGAUCUGUCCAUGGAUUCCCCCUCCCACGCUUCCUCCCCGAGCGCGGGCUCCUGCGGCGAAAGCGGAGUGUACAGCCAGGAGUCCCUGACUUCACCUGUGUCCACAGGCCCCCAGAGAAGGAGAAUACCCUCAGACACCUUUCCACUACUUGGCAGCAAAUCACAGCCUGCAAGAGUACCUUCAGCACGAAGCAGAGACCCAAAUGUGGCAGAACAGAACUCCAGCACAGAGUCAACGUCUAGUUUUCCACAGAUGAACAAUCUAGAUUUCAUUUCACCAAGUGUCCUGUCUGAAGAUGCAGUUGUAGUUGUUGGUAAAGGUGUUUUUGGAACUCCUCCAUCUUCACGAACAUACAGCCAGUCCAUAAUGUGUGUAGCAAAUGGAGAUGACCCAGCCGUCAAAGAGGAGCCUGAGCCAUCAUCAGGGAUCUGUGGGAGAAGCAUCCAGCAGAACAGUGCCUCUCAUCUCCAUGUUGAAAAUGAAAGAGAGAUAAAAGUUGCCAUGUCAAAAUCUGCCCAGGACAAGAUGAGGCGGAAGAAGAAGGAAGAAAAAGAACACAGUCAUAGAGAACAGUGGGAAGUCAAAGACCUCGAAGAAAAGGAAGAAAACCCUUGGGAAAGACUUAAACUGAACGAACCAGAGAAAAUGACAACAGAAAAUGAAAUUUCUCUUGGGGCACGAGGACUCUAUAAAGACCGAACCCCCUCAGUCACUCAUAGCCCAGAAAUAAUGGACCCAUCAGAACUGCAGCCCUUUUCAAAACCAGAAACGGCACUGACAGAAGCCUUGACACUUCUAGCUGAUGAUGACUGGGAGAAGAAAAUUGAAGGUCUGAACUUUGUUAGAUGUUUGUCUGCUUACCAUGCAACUAUUCUGACUGCAAAGCUACACGAAACAAUUUUGGCUGUGGCACAAGAGGUCAAGAAUUUACGCUCAGGUGUUUCUCGAGCUGCUGUGGUCUGUUUAGGGGAUUUGUUCACCUACCUGAAAAAGAGCAUGGAUCAAGAACUAGAUAAUACAGUGAAAGUCCUUUUGCACAAAGCUGGUGAAUCCAACACAUUUAUAAGGGAAGAGGUAGACAAAGCACUGAAGGCUAUGGUUAAUAAUGUGACUCCAGCACGUGCACUUUGUUCUCUUAUAAAUGGAGGGCAAAGGUAUUAUGGUAGAAAGAUGCUCUUCAGUAUGAUGACUCACCCUGAUUUUGAUAAAAUGCUUGAAAAGUAUGUGCCGACCAAGGAUUUGCCUUAUAUUAAGGAAUCUGUCAGCAAUCUACGUGAAAAGGGUUUGGGGGAGAUGCCAUUAGAUACACCCUCAGCAAAAGGAAGACGUUCCCAUACUAGUAGUGUUGGACAUUCGAGGUCAUCAUCUACUUCCAGAGAUGCUCUCAACAUCACUGACAG